AUGGCGCCGGCGGCGGCGGAGGCUGGUCCCGGCGAUGACGGGCUUAGGAAGCUGGAGUACCUUUCCCUGGUCUCUAAGGUUUGCUCUGAGCUCGAGACCCACAUCGGCGUCGGCGACAAGGUGCUGGCCGAGUUCAUCACCGACCUCGGCCGCGACUCCACAACCGUCUCCGAGUUCGACGCCCGGCUCAAGGAGGAGGGCGCCGACUUCCCCGACUACUUCGUCCGUACGCUCCUCACCAUCAUCCACGCCAUCCUCCCGCCGACCUCCUCCAACCCUAGCUCUGCUGCCGUCACCGCGGGCCCCUCUGGCGCGGAGGCGGCCAAGUUCCCCGGGCUCGCCCGCCCCGACGACCCCGAUCACGCUCGCAACCUCCGCCUCGAGCUCGAGCGGGAUGCCGAUGCGGCCGCUCCUGCUCCGGCGAGGGAUGACCGCGACCACCGCUGGGAUGAGAGAGGCCGAGACCGGGACUACGGUCGCGGCGGCCGUGACCACGACCGUGACCGUGGCGGCCGCGACUGGGAUCGAGGGCGCGACCGGGAUCGAGGGCGCGACCGUGAGUAUGGCCGUGAUAGGGAUCGGGACCGUGGCAGAGAUCGUGAUGGGGACCGGCAUCAGGAUAGAGGCAGAGGAAGGGACAGAGAUGCUGGUAGGAACAGAGAUAGGGACUGGGGGAGGAGCAGGAGGUAUGCAGAUGAUGAGGAAGAGGAGAGGGGUGAUGGAGGAAGGGGAAGGGGAAGGGAGCUUGCUGCUUCAAAUCCCAGUGGAGAGCCAGAGCUGUACCAGGUGUACCGAGGGAGGGUUACCCGGGUGAUGGACACUGGAUGCUUUGUCAGGCUUGAGGAUGUCCGCGGUGGCCGCGAGGGACUUGUUCACGUAUCACAGAUGGCAAGUAGGCGGGUGGCCAAUGCAAAGGAGGUGGUGAAGCGUGACCAGGAGGUGUAUGUGAAGGUAGUUUCGGUGAAGGGGCAGAAGUUGAGUUUGUCGAUGCGGGAUGUGGAUCAGGAUACUGGGCAAGACCUCCUGCCGAUGCAGCGUGGCGGGGAUGAUGCACCAAGGGUGAACCCAUCAGGUGGCAAUGGCAGUGGCAUGGGGUCUGGCAAGAGGUUGGGUUUGUCAGGUAUUGUGAUCACAGAGGAGGAUGAGGCAGCCCCAACGUCAAGACGACCACUCAAGCGAAUGAGCUCGCCAGAGAGGUGGGAAGCAAAACAGCUUAUUGCCUCAGGCGUGCUGGAUGUGAGGGAUUAUCCAAUGUUUGACGAGGAUGGGGAUGGUAUGAUGUACCAGGAGGAAGGUGCAGAGGAAGAGCUUGAAAUUGAGCUAAAUGAGGAUGAACCAGCAUUCUUGCAGGGGCAGAGCCGGUUUUCAAUUGACAUGUCACCUGUAAAGAUCUUUAAGAAUCCUGAGGGCUCACUGAGCCGAGCAGCAGCUCUACAGACUGCUCUCAUAAAGGAGCGUCGUGAGGUUCGAGAACAGGAGCAGAGAGCCAUGUUAGAUUCAAUCCCCAAGGAUCUGAAUCGACCGUGGGAAGACCCAAUUCCUGAUACGGGUGAGCGGCACCUUGCACAGGAGCUGCGAGGUGUUGGCCUUUCAGCUUAUGACAUGCCUGAAUGGAAGAAGGAGGCCUAUGGAAAAGCUUUAACUUUUGGGCAAAGGUCAAAGCUUUCAAUACAAGAGCAGAGGCAUUCUCUUCCUAUUUACAAGUUGAAGAAAGAGCUUAUACAAGCUGUACAUGAUAAUCAAGUUUUGGUUGUUAUUGGAGAGACUGGUUCCGGGAAGACGACACAGGUGACACAAUAUUUGGCUGAGGCAGGUUAUACCACACGGGGUAAAAUCGGGUGUACUCAGCCUCGUAGGGUUGCUGCAAUGUCUGUUGCAAAGAGAGUGGCAGAAGAGUUUGGUUGUCGACUGGGAGAGGAAGUUGGUUAUGCUAUCCGUUUUGAGGACUGCACUGGUCCGGACACAGUGAUUAAAUACAUGACUGAUGGUAUGCUUCUGCGUGAAAUUCUUGUUGAUGAGAACCUUUCCCAGUAUUCUGUUAUCAUGCUUGAUGAAGCCCAUGAAAGGACCAUCUACACUGAUGUGCUCUUUGGUUUGCUGAAACAACUUAUUAAACGCAGAUCUGAUAUGAGGCUUAUUGUUACUUCUGCCACCCUUGAUGCUGAGAAGUUCUCAGGAUAUUUCUUUAACUGUAACAUCUUCACAAUUCCUGGAAGAACAUUCCCAGUAGAGAUACUGUACACUAAGCAACCUGAAAGUGAUUACUUGGAUGCAGCAUUGAUUACUGUGCUGCAGAUUCACUUGACAGAGCCAGAAGGAGACAUCCUUGUUUUCCUGACAGGGCAGGAGGAAAUUGAUCAUGCCUGCCAAUGUCUUUAUGAGAGGAUGAAGGGGCUAGGGAAGGAUGUUCCUGAGCUGAUAAUCUUGCCUGUGUAUAGUGCCCUUCCUAGUGAGAUGCAAUCAAAGAUCUUUGACCCAGCUCCACCUGGUAAGAGGAAAGUUGUGGUGGCGACCAAUAUUGCUGAAGCUUCUUUGACAAUUGACGGUAUAUACUAUGUUGUGGAUCCUGGUUUUGCCAAAAUCAAUGUAUACAAUUCAAAACAAGGGCUUGACUCAUUGGUCAUCACUCCAAUAUCGCAAGCGUCCGCGAAACAAAGAGCAGGGCGCGCAGGGCGUACUGGACCUGGCAAGUGUUAUCGUCUAUACACUGAAAGUGCCUACCGGAAUGAGAUGUCCCCCACAACGAUUCCAGAAAUACAGAGGAUCAACUUGGGAUCUACAGUUCUUAAUAUGAAGGCGAUGGGAAUAAAUGACCUGUUAUCCUUUGAUUUUAUGGACCCCCCAGCACCUCAAGCAUUGAUUUCUGCCAUGGAACAGUUGUACAGCCUUGGCGCUCUUGAUGAAGAGGGCCUUCUAACCAAACUGGGGAGAAAAAUGGCAGAAUUUCCAUUGGAUCCACCACUUUCAAAGAUGCUACUAGCCAGUGUUGACCUUGGAUGCACUGAUGAGAUACUGACUAUCAUAGCUAUGAUUCAAACAGGGAAUAUAUUCUACAGGCCACGAGAAAAACAGGCUCAAGCUGAUCAAAAGAGGGCUAAAUUUUUUCAGCCAGAGGGAGACCAUCUUACUCUACUUGCUGUAUAUGAGGCCUGGAAGGCAAAGAACUUUUCAGGGCCCUGGUGUUUUGAGAACUUUGUUCAAUCAAGAUCAUUGAGGAGAGCCCAGGAUGUGAGGAAACAACUUCUCACUAUCAUGGACAGAUAUAAACUUGAUGUUAUCUCCGCUGGGAAAAACUUCACAAAGAUAAGGAAAGCCAUCACUGCAGGAUUCUUUUUCCACGCCGCCAGGAAGGAUCCCCAGGAAGGAUACAGAACCUUGGUUGAAAACCAGCCAGUGUACAUCCACCCUAGCAGCGCAUUGUUCCAGCGCCAGCCAGACUGGGUCAUCUAUCAUGAGCUUGUGAUGACGACAAAGGAGUACAUGAGGGAGGUGACCGUGAUGGAUCCAAAAUGGCUUGUUGAGCUGGCGCCAAGGUUUUACAAGGGUACUGACCCCACCAAAAUGAGCAAGAGGAAAAGGCAGGAGAGGAUCGAGCCUCUGUAUGAUAGAUACCACGAGCCCAACUCUUGGCGUCUUAGCAAGCGCCGAGCUUGA